GGGCAUUUAUCCAAGCAAUCCGAUGCUUCCUCAUCCUCCGCCAAUUCAUAUCAGUUUCCUCCACAGAAUGACCGAGACCAGCGCCUCCUGUAUAUUCUAGAGUUGUCUUAGAUACACGGGUCUAAGCUUCAAAGGGGCCAACACUAAUCUAUAUUUGGGGAUCUACAAUGUUCUCAGUUGAAUACCGGGUAUAUUAGUACCGAUCCAAAAGUAAUGGUUGGCUUCCAACGAGCUCGUGGUUACUCGUGGUUUUCUACCCUUGCUCAUGGCUUAGAUAUUGCGCUUCUUCUACCAACUCAAGACCGGAUCGACGUAUUUCUCACUAACCGUAGCGGAUAUCAGGAGUGUAUUCCAUUGAUCACUGAGCUAUUGCAGGUACUCUAUAUAAACCAACUAAACGGACAAAAGGAACUUGAGAAUUUCCGAGACCUCAAUGUGGGUCCAGCCUUCCGGACAAUUUGAUCGAAAACUAUCGUUAUAUUUUUCUGCGGACAAAAAUCUUGAUCUUCGCCAAGAUAUUAUUAAGCUUAGUUUCAAUCUUGACCCGCUCGUAGUUUGAAGCUAAGGCCAAGAUACCUCCACUAUUCUGUUCAUCUUCGCGGGGCUCCCCUAGGUGACCCACAGGUGUACUUCAUGGAGAAUCGCACGAUGUCUCCAUGUUUGCGCGCUGAAUUUGUCGGCAAUGAUUUUAAGUUUCAACUAAUCAAAUUCUGAGAUAUAGCUGAAAUCACGGGAAACUCUACGACGUCGGCAUCCGACAGUACUUUCAAUGUAUGAUA